AUGGCGACUGACUGUGUACUUGCUGACCUGCAUGCCCUUCUUGGAGCAGCAGAGCGUAUCAAAUUUCACCUGAUUAUUCUGCAGGAGACCAAGUGCAGAGGGAGCGACGUACGACAGAUAAAGGACAGUACUCCCGUCAUUCGUGAAGAGAAGUUUUCGUCGCGAAAUGUAGGCAAUGAGCUGGAGGAAGUAAUCCCCAACGAGAAGUCUUUCUACAAAUUCGUUGUCGGAGACUUCAACACAAAACUAGGAAAGGCCACAGAAGAGGAAUACAGGAUUGGAAGAUUUAGACUAGGGGACCGGAAUGAAAAUGGCAAUCAUCUCGCCGGACUGUUGUCCGACGCUCGCCUCUUUCAUGGGGACUCUCUUUUCAUGAAGAAAGAUCAUCGUCGGUGGACAUGGGAAUUGCUCAAUGGCGCGACUCGUGCGGAGAUCGACCACAUACUCACCAACCGGAGGUGGUGUCUACUUGACUCCUCAGUAGUACCAUCCUUUUGUAGUGGUUCUGAUCACCGACUCCUUCGUGCGAAAAUACGACUAAGCCACACGAUGGAAAAGAACAUCUGCUAUCGGCAACGAAGGAGAAAAGAAGUCGUCUACGACGAUUGCGUACUCAAGGACUCCUUGUCCCAAGGUGACUGGCACAUCGAGGAGGACCCAAAUAUGGACUACGAGAUGCUGCUCAGAGGAUUGCGAACCUGUGCUGAGCGUGCCUCGAAGCCGCGCACGCACGACGGGACUCGCACGUCCCCAAUCAUUCCCACUGGUGAAGCUCCACCACAGAUUCUCCCUUCGGAAGUACGAGUCGCUAUCAAGAGCAUGAAACCUGGCACAGCUCCCGGACCUGAUUUCAUAUCAGCAGAAUUUCUUCGGGCUGGUGGCCAACCGCUUCAUGCAAUCUUAGCAGCGCACAUGACAUCCUACCGACACUGCCUGGAUGAAGCCCAGCCUCAAGAACAAGCUGGAUUCCGCCAGGCCUUGGACCACAUCCAGACCGUGACGAGAGUCAUAGAGGUUUGCCGGGAAUACCGCCUGCCCCUUGUUUUAACUUUCGUCGACUAUGAGAAAGCCUUUGACAGCGUAGAAACAAAUGCAAUAUUGUCAGCGCUGGUCGAUCAAGGUGCGGACGCGUCGUAUGUGAGGACAUUAGCCAAUUGCUACUAUCGAUGCACGACUAGGAUACAGCUUUUCCACCGCCCUCUCACCAUACCCAUUGGAAAGGAGGUACGACAAGGCGAUACUACGUCGCCGAAGCUGUUCACGGCUGCAUUGCAAUGGAUAAUGGAAUUACUUUCCUGA